AGGGGGCAGGAAGCGGCUGACAGCCUGGCCUAGAGUCAGCCACGGGAAGCAGAGACCCCGAGGCACAGAAGAGGUGAGGAGGGGAGAGAAGGCCAGGGAGGCAGCCGGGGCGUGGAAGGAGACCAGCCAAAGGGAGCAGCUCCACAGGAGAGACUGUCAACCCGUCUGGCCGGGGAGACCGACGCGACGCCAUGUGGCAGCUGCUGAUGCCUCUGGCCCUGUGGCUGGGCGCAGUGGGCCUGGGCAGAGCCGAGCUCACGGCAGCGCAGCAGCGUGGCCUGCAGGUGGCCCUGGAAGAGUUCCACAAGCACCCGCCCGUCCAGUGGGCCUUCAGGGAGACCGGCGUGGACAGCGCCACGGAAACACCCUUCCCUGCAGGGACCUUUGUGAGGCUGGAAUUUAAGCUCCAGCAGACCAGCUGCCGGAAGAAGGACUGGAAAAAAGCAGAGUGCAAAAUCAAGCCCAACGGGAGGAAGCGGAAAUGCCUGGCCUGCAUCAAACUGAACUCUGCAGAUAAAGUCCUCGGCCGGAUGGUCCACUGCCCCAUACACACGCAGGCUCUGCGGGACCCCGAGGAGCACCAGGAGGCUCAGUGCGGCAGGGUGGAGCGCGCGGGCGAGGACCCCCACAGCUACUACUUCCCAGGACAGUUUGCCUUCUUCAAGGCCCUGCCCCCGAGCUGAGGCCCGACGGUAGAUGAAUUCUGUCCCGCUUCCCGGACAGCUGCAGGAGCUGACCAGUGCAACGCCAACCUGCCGUCCCCGAGCCCAGGGAGUACGAGCCCAUUAUCCCCGAGCCAAUAAACUGCUCUCCCAGA